AUGUUCUGCAGCUUCGCGUUCAGCUCCUUGAUCAAAUCCUGCAGCGUUGUCGGCAAUGCAGGCUUCAUGAGUAGACACCAUGGCUCGCCGCGCGUGAUCGAGCGCGUUGUCGAAAGCUUUCUCGUCGAUGGAAGCGGAGACUUUGGUGGCACCUCCGACUGGGCGGUGGAUUUGAACGAGACCUAUGUCAGCAACGGGACAGGUAGCAAACUCUCCAGCGGACUGGAGGUGGACCUUACCGUCUGCGAUUACUCCAUGACCUUCGCCAGUCUGACGGAUCUCUCCGCCCAGGCCGGCUCGCUGCGCACCGUCUGCAUUGGCGCCUACACCCUGCAGGUGCUGAUCGACAUGCUGGACACGGCCUGCACCAACUAUACCAACGUGAACAACGACUACGACGAGAUGUUCGGCUACUAUGUGACCUACAUCAUAAAGCUGAUCGCCUCCACCCUGUCAAACGAGUUCAUGUUCAAUCAAAGCGCGACCACCCAGUGGGAGAAAAUGCCGGUGCUGGGCACUGGGAUGAACUACUUCGACUGCAACCCGGGAGACGGAACCGACAUCCCGUGCAUCAAACUCAACACCUCAUACACAUACAAAGAGGCCAUCGCCGAGAAGACGACCGCCCUCACUCUCACGAACUCGGACGGCUACAAGGCAGCUCUGGCCAACUUCGGCCUGGAGGCGGACUGGGUCACCCUGGGCGACUACGAGAAGGACCUCGACUUCGUGGCGCCGCACGCGAGCAAGAAGUUUGAGUACAAGUUCACCGGGUUCCCCAUCCAGAAUGACACGAUGGUCGUGCCCAACCCCAAGGACAUCGUGACCAAGGGGCUGGGUAGCAUCCCCGACCUCAAGACCAGCAUGCAGGCGACCCUGCUGGACAUCAUGAUGGGGGUGUGGACCAACGGCACCUCCUCGGAUGCGGCGCUGGCCUACAGCAUCCUGGUGUUCUUGCUGGUGCAGGCGGUCGACGAGAUGGCGCAGGCCAAGGCCCUGGGCAUCUACGACACCGUCGACGAUCCCAGCUCCGCCGUCGUCAGCAUCAUCGGCAUGCUGCUGGGCGUGGACGCCAUCGCCAAGGUCUCGUGCGACGGCCAGGGGAUCGCCUCCGUCGCGAAGCUGCGCCGCGCCAUGACCUCGGACGAGGUGGCGGCCAUGGGCUCUAUCUUCAAGGCGAACGACGAUAAGCUGCAGGCGAUUAUCAAGGUCUGCAAGUCCCAGGACCGUCACUUUGAUACACACACACACACACCUUUUGAGACAGUUCACCGGUUGUCUAGCUUCCUUGAUGGUCGGGUUUGA